AUGCGCACUGCAGGCUCGCAAAGAUACAAUCUAUCUAUCUAUCUAUCUAUCUAUCUAUCUAUCACUGUCUGUUCAUAUUUAAGCCUAUAUCUAUCUAUCUAUCUAUCUAUCUAUCUAUCUAUCUAUCUAUCUAUCAUUGUUUGUUUAUAUCUAAGCCUAUUCAUAUCUAUCUAUCUAUCUAUCUAUCUAUCUAUCAUUGUUUGUUUAUAUCUAAGCCUAUUCAUAUCUAUCUAUCUAUCUAUCUAUCUAUCUAUCUAUCUAUCUAUCUAUCAUUGUCUGUUUAUAUCUAAGCCUAUUUAUAUCUAUCUAUCUAUCUAUCUAUCUAUCUAUCUAUCUAUCUAUCCACGUUUAUUAUAUUUUAAUAAUACAGUUAUCGCAGAUAAGACUCAAUAUUUCUCAACUCUUAUAUAUCCUAAAGAAGACCCGAGUUUUAUAGGCAACAGGAUCACACCUAAUUUUAAUUUAAAAUAA